AUGGCAAGGAAUGAGAAUGCUUCAAUGGAAGUUCAACCAGUUCAAUCGAAGAAAGGACUUCUACAACUGGGGAACAAUGAUACUUCACUAGCUGAGCAAAAGGUGAUUUCUCAACAGUUAGCUAGUAUGAAUGCCAAGCUAUACAAGAUGCAAAUCUCGACAGCUCGAGUUAAUUCAAUUAACUGUGAGUACUGCAAGGAGGAGCAUGAGACUAAUGAGUUUCCAACACUCAUAGGAGCUGAACCAUUCCAGGUUAAUGGAGUUUGGUAUGAUCCAAGGCCACCACAGAAUACCCAAAGCUUCCAGAGGAAUCAAAAUGGUGCCCAAGGAAGCAACUUUCAAAGGAGAAAUCAAGAGGGAGGCUUGGAUUAUAAAUCCAACAAUUACCUGCAACCUCCUUCUAUUCCAAAUAAAGAGCCAUCAGAAUUGGAGAAAGCAAUGCUACAACUUACCAAGACUACUAAUGAUCACAUGCAGACUACUGAUGCCUUCAUGAAUGAGACAAGGUCCUAUCACAAGAAUCAAGAUGCUUCCAUCAGGAAUCUGGAAACUCAGAUAGGUCAGUUGUCUAGACAGUUAGCUGAAAGAGCUCAAGGGCGGUUUCCUAGUGAUACCAUCGUGAAUCCUAAGGAAGACUGCAAAUCCAUUGUAACUAGGAGUGGAAUUGUGAUUACUCCUCAAGACAAGCCAAAGGUGGUUCCGAAAAAUAAAGUUGAUGAACCAGUUAUUGAGCCGGAGCACGAAAAAGAAGUGGAAAAGCUUGCAAGUGAGAAAGAAGAGGCAAAGGAGAAACCUAUUGAAGCUCCAAAGAAACUGAUGGAUUGUUCUCGUUUUGAGAAACCUCCUUAUCCUAUGAAGUUCAAGCAACAGGCACAGAAGCAACAGUAUGCCAGAAAGCAUAAGUUGCAGGAUUGUGAGACAGUAGCACUUACUGAAGAGUUCAGUGCCAUUAUACAAAAGAAGUUUCCCCCAAAGCUUCGAGAUCCGGGAAGUUUCAACAUCCCAAUUGCGAUAGGCAACACCAAUGUAGGCCGGGCAUUAUGCGAUCUUGGAGCAAGCAUUAACUUGAUGCCGCUGUCAAUAUGCAAAGCUUUGGGAAUUUCUGAGUUGAAGCCAACCAUGGUCUCUUUACAACUUGCUGACCGUUCGUUAAGGAGACCUAAUGGAGUCAUAGAGGAUGUCCUUGUCAAGGUUGACAAGUUUAUCUUCCCUGUUGAUUUCAUUGUGUUGGAUAUGGAGGAAGAGAGUGAAAUACCUCUUUUACUGGGAAGGCCGUUCUUGGCCACAACUCGAGCUACGAUUGAUGUAGAACAAGGAAAGCUCGAGUUAAGGAUGAAUGAUGAGACAAUCACUAUCAAUGUGUUUGAUGCUAUGAAGAACUCAUCUGACCAUAGUGACUGCUUCAGACUUGAUGUGUUUGAGGAAGCUCGAGAUGGAGCUACUCCACAAGAAGAGCGAGAAGUUGUCUUUGAGGUGCUAGAAAAGAAAGAAGAUGACUCAGUUACAUUGGCACCAAAAGUAAAAUUGAAAGAGAUACCUGAAACUCUGAAAUACGAUUUCUUGGGAGAUGAAGGACAAUAUCCUGUUAUCACCAAUAAGGAAUUGUCUUCCGAUGAAGAGGAAAAGCUGUUGGAAGUACUUAAGCAGCACAAGACAACUAUCGGGUGGUCUAUUUCUGAUUUGAAGGGCAUCAACCCUUCUUUUUGUACUCACAAGAUCCUCAUGGAAGACAAUGUUAAACCAGUGAGACAACCUUAG